UUCAGUCCUUUUUGAAUAUUAUUAAACAAAUAAGCCAAUACCUUCAGAAUGCAGUGUGCUGGGAAAGCACUGGAGGAGCUUCUGGUCUCCGCUGAAAGUCAGGAAUGUCUGACUGUUGGAGUCUACGAGUCUGCAAAAGUCAUGAAUGUUGAUCCAGACUGCGUGGCUUUCUGUGUUCUGGCAAUUGAUGAGGAGUAUGAAGGCGACAUUGCCCUGCAGAUCCACUUCACCUUAAUCCAGGCGUUCUGCUUUGAUAACGGCAUCGACAUCGUGAGAGUGAAUGACACCCAGCGACUGGCUGAGAUUCUGGGCAAUACUGAUGAGUCUGACGAACCUAAAGAUGUGCAUUGCAUUCUUGUCACGAAUCCAAGUGAAGAUACGCUGGACGACCCUGCUCUGGAAAAGCUGAGCUUGUUCUGUGAGGAGUGUCGCAGCUUCAAUGAAUGGGUCCCUGCUAUCACACUUCCUGAGCGUUGAACUGGGACACGUCAGCUCCUGUUAGGGAUGCUUAACCUUCGUUUAAUUAUCAUCAUGGAAUACAUGGGUGACCCGUCAAAUUCCUGAAGUCUGUGAUUAUCUUGUUGAGGAAUCAGAUGAGGAAUCGGGAAGUCGCUGGAACAGGCGUGCUGAAGAGCCUUGCGAUGCAGAUGGACGGUUCAUACCAAGGUGCCCCCACUUUCCAGAUGGAUUGGGGGCUGGUAUACCAUGGAAAAAAGUGGAGAAUUACUCUUGAGUGGGGUCUGUGUGGAGAGCUGUCAGAGGAAUACAAGUCAAAUAGGACGAAUGCAGAGAAGAUGUGAGAACACAAAGUAACAUGUGAACUCUUUAAAAAAUUAUCAGCACUACUGUAAAAAGAGAACAGACAACAAAUACAAUUAUCUGUCAUGAUACAAUGUUGAAUUACUUAAUGUAUAUGUUAUACAGUAUAAGAGACUUUCUGUGUCUGUAAAUUGCAAUAAAUAUGUAAUGCAUACCUUUGUGUCCUGUAGUGUCCACAUCUGCAUAUGUUCAUUUUAUGUCUAAUCUUGUAACAUCACACACCUUUUUGAAUACAUCAUUUACAUUAAUAUAUUUGA